AAAUUUUAAAACUACUUUAUUCAUUCUUGAUUGUCAAUGUCAAAUGUACAUCAAUGGUACAAUUUGGGUAUUUUACAAUAAAAUUUAACCUUAUUUGUUUUACCUACUUUGAUGAGAAGUGUUUUCAAUAUAUUUAGAUUAUAUUUAUGGCACUAAAGAUUUAAUUAUAUUACUAAAAGCCCUGAAAAUAAAAGAUUCAUAAUGAUUUCAAGAACAUUAAUUAAUUUUCUUAGAUUAAAUCGUAGCAAAGCGUCCAGUCGAUUACCUAUUGCUCCUUCGCCUUCUUUAUUUCAACAAGAACGACGAUUUAAAAGCGAUUUGUAUGAACCAGACUAUUUAAUUAGUAUGCAGCCCGAUGAGCCAACUUAUGACUGUUUAAAUUUGCAAAUAAAAGGUUAUGAUUUUGUGUUACUUGAAUCCUGCCAGAAAGAAAUACAUAGAUACGCUGAAAUAAUGGGUAUCCAAGUGGAGGAAUGUUGGGCAACUCCAGCAGAGCGAACAAAAGUACAAAGGUUUAAACCAGGAAGCACAGCUGUUGAAUCAGAAUACCAGCUAAAUAUUUAUGAAAGAAAUGUUCAGGUGGUGGACGUUCCUGCGUGGGCACUUGGUACUCUACUUCGAGUAUCCCGCGCCUUACUCCCUGAGGGUUGCACGCUCAAUGUACACGAGCACACCCCUGAACACGAGGAAAUUCGAUACGUUCCAGAUAAUGAACUACUUGAACUGAAACAACAGCUUGAUGAUAUGGGCGGCAGUCGCCCUGAGAAAAAGAAGAAAAAGUAAUUUUUGAAAUACAUAACAUCAAUACUCGUAUGUUAGUGUUUCUGUAGAUAGUUAUUAUAUAAUAAAUAGGUUUUAAUAUUUAAAAAAAA